GGAACGGCGCAGUUGCCGGUCCGUCGGCUACGCCCCGCUCGCCGCGCUCUCCUCCGCGGCCGACUGCUCGCCUCUCAUCCACGUCGCAGCCAUGGUGGACCCCCAACUGUCCUCCGGAGCCGCCGACAAGCCCGCCCUCGUGCCGGAGCGUUCCGUGGGGGCCAAUGGCCUCGUCUCGUCGGAGGAGGAGCACGUGGAGGGGGCGGAGCCUCAGCGGAGCCCGGCUCCUCUGCUGGAGCGGAUCCGUCGCGACCGCCAGGAUCUGGAGGCCAAGAUAGCCAAGCUCAAGUCCUACAUCAGCGCCUCGUCAGAUAUGAUGAGCAAGCUGAAAGACGUGCCGGACAUGAAAGAACGCUAUGAGACCCUGUCCGCCACUCGAGCCGAUCUGGUGCAGAACGCCGUGAACCUGCAGCAGCUGCUAGUGAAGCUCAAGGAGUCCGAGAACCGCGCCAGCACGCUGGCGGGCCGGGAGCGGGCACUGGCUGCCGAGACGGCCGCCAGGAGCGAAGCCAACUUCAACGAGCUGACGCGCGAACUGCCGCCAGAGAUGGUGGCAGAGCUGGACCCCGAGGACAGAGCGAACUACGAGAAGAAGCGGGAGUUGCUGAGCCGAAUAAACCAGUCACACGAAAGGUCAGGAACAUUGGGGUCCUACUUCCUGCGUGCCAUGGAGGUGGAACAGCAGAGGCUGCGCAUGAUGAAGGAGAACGUGGAGUGGAAACUGGCGGAAGCCAGGGCCAACCGGAUGGGACUGCAGGAGAAGGCGCAGGAGCUGCUGCACGACAUGCCAGGGGUACAUCCGGCCGCUGAUGCCACCAACUGGGAAUCCACGGCUGCGCCCGACAGGAGUGCCCUGGCGAGCCUGAACGCCCGCGUGGCGGCGCUGCAGUCGCUGCCGCUGGAGGGCCUGGACGCGGCCGCGGCCGAGCAGCUGCAGGAGCGGCUGCGCGGCCUAGCCGAGAAGCGCCGCCAGCUGGACGACAUGGCCGAGCAGCUUGCCCAGCUGCAGCGGCAGUCGCAGCUGGAGGACCGCUCGCCACCUACCGUGCCGCCGCUGGUGGUGCUCCAGUGA